CUGAUCCGCGAACCCAUCACACAUCCCUACCAAGAAGAGCAACUGCGCCACUGUACACUUGUGAUCACCGAUUUUGGUAUGGCUUGUCGUUCCAGUGAACUGGUCCCGCAGCAGUCCAAAUUGGGCACGGUUGCUUACGCCGCACCGGAAGUUUGUCGUCAAGCCGGAUUUUCAUUCAAAUCAGACGUGUGGGCAUACGGUGUGGUUCUGUGGGAAUUAUUGACUCUCGAGCUUCCUUUUCGAACAAUGGAACAGCCCCGGUUGAUGUAUAUAAUCGCCAUGUACAAUUACACGCUUCAUAUUCCUUCGGACGUACCUGACAUGUUCUCGCAACUAUUGCGAGACUGUUGGUCUCCCAAUCCGGACAAUCGGCCCAGUUUCGAGGACAUUAUUUCCCGAUUGCAGCUGACCACCUAUUGCAGUUUUUUAAGCAUGGACGCAGACGAGAUGUCUCAGAUUCAAGCCGGAUGGCGCGAUUCGAUUCAAGCGCAUCAUCAAGCCGAACAGGAGUCGGCCGCAGCCACCUUGUCAUCCAGCAUGACAAGAAGUCAGCUGGCUGUGAUGGAGGAGGAUUUGGUUGUUCAAAUGGAACAGUUACGACAUGAAUGGGAAUCAUUGGAUCGAGAACGUCGUCAAUUGGCUGAACGGGCGCAUCAAAUCGAUCUGAUGGAAGAGAGUUACAACCGAAUGGUGGGCACCAUGGGUCAACAGUUUAUGCUAUUGGCUGUUUUGGCAGCUAAUCAACUGAAAGAGAUGCCCUGCCAACCAUAUCCGAGGCCGCCACCUCCACGGAGGCGACCUUUUGUGCUCGGACUAUUCCGACGUUGGGGGAGUACAGGCGAGGCGAAUACACAAAAGUCCAAUACUAUCGCCAGUACUAUCCCUUCGGUAUCCGGAUCGCCGAGAGUUAAAGAUCUGUGCAAGUUGUCUGUCGGCUCACAACGACCACCAAAUGCCACGUACACUUCUUCACACUCUCUUGCUCUCUCGUCAGAAUCCCUGACUCCACAUUCCAGUGGUCGUCAGGGUUGCAGUCGCGGUGGUAUCCCAAUGAUUUCCCCACCAGUCAAUAUGAAACACGUGAUUCAUGUUGAUCAUGAUUGGCUAGCGCGCAGCGGUGGCGGACUGAAUGACUCAUCUUCAGUGAAUAUGUUUCCCACCCUGGUUGAUCGUCUCCCAGACGCUCAGCCAGACUUGUUGAACGUAUCGUUUCGUUCAGCACAUCCUACUUGUUACCCUAUCCUGUCCCCGGAUUGUUUUCAAGCACAUCACGCUAAUGUGUCUUGCGCAUGUGCACCUCCUGCUCAUGUUCCGUGUAUUGCUGCUGGUGCUGAGGGGCAGUCUCCUUUGGACAGCCGAUCCAUACUGGAUCGACCAGGUUGUUUGUGGGACACAAGUGGUUCGUCAUCUGUGGGAAACAAACGGGAUCGCAGCUUGACCCGCAUGUUGCGCAAAGCUGGACCACAAACAACUGGAUCUAUUGAUUCCAAUGAUGUGCUGUCCACGACAAGUUCUGUUUCGGUUGGAUCCAGUAAUUUCUUCCUUGGGAAGCAGCACUCCAAUUGGUCUCCAGUGAGUUCCGUCGAUACUUCUGGUUCCCGACGCAUUGAACAGUUGAAUGGUCAGAAUAAUUCGUUCCCUUGCUGGAAUACCUCAUUCGGUGACGGGCAUCCUGACCGCGGACAGUGGUGCUUACAUGGUAAACUGGGUCUUGAAGGCUCCAAUUCUACAGAUUCAAGUCCGUCGGAUGGACGUCGACGUUUUGUCUCUGGUCCCGCAAUAUCCAAUUUACCGUUUUGGAGUCACAGUGCGACCACGGGCUCCGAAUGUUCCUGUGCUCACUGCCCCCACUGUACUUUGUUUCGAUCAACUGUUACCGGUCCUUGCAAUCCACACGUUCAGUCCACGCAUGAUGUUCUGCGCCUUUUGUGCUCCGCCUGCCCUCCAGGACACCUCCCACGAACCAGUUGUACUCAGUCUACUCUAGAUACGGAUAAAAGUCAGGCAGACAUGUCUUCUGGUGAACCAUGUGUAGAACACGCUCUGUGGUCCGCUUUUAAAUUAGCGGCUUCAUUCUCGUGUCUUGCCAAUACUCAUCCGCGCUUUGACGACACAGUUCAUCAAGUCAAUUCUCAUUCGUCCGCUUCCAUGACUGGAACUUCCUCUGCUGGACACAAACGUCCCCGUUCUAAUGAAUCUGGUGUGUCCGAACCGGCAGCCGCAACAUCCGUAUCAAGCGAUCGUGGAACAAAUGUUAGUCGUAGCCGUUUAGGACGAAGUAAACACUUUAAGCGUUGGAAAGGACGCUCGAAAGACUCGGUGGACCAAAGUUCUGCAGCGGUGGGAACUGGCUGCAAAACUGGUAUCCCACUAGUCGAUUCUCGUCGACGAUUUCAGAGCGCAGAUCGUUGGGGGUCAUCACAACCAGGUAUGCCUAGUGUAUGUUGUACUUGUCGAGGAAUGACCACAUUGCCAGAACUGAUCGGGGAGUGUAUUGCUCGUCAAGCGGAACUUGGAGAUCCACAUUCUCCGUUUCUUGGCAUGUUGGCUGGUAGUGGCCGCCGGCCAACUGCUUCUGCCAAUCACUUGGGUCGUUGCAACGUGCGUAACCGCGUAACCUCCGUUUUCGAUAAGUCCCCGGAACUUGAGCACGACAGCCAAUCUCGUCACAUCGAUCAUAUUAAAAUUCCUCCGCACCACUCGAAUGUGGCUACCGAUCAUGGCUGGGGUCGUGCCAGUUUCGAUGUCUUGCCUCGAGUGUUCCCAAGCACGACUUCUACCGGUCCGAACAAAUCACUCACUAAUUUGCCAGCUACGCGACUUGAUCGUUCACCCACCUUGCAUGCUGUCGAACGCUUGCCCGUCCAGCAUCAGGAGUCUUCCGUUUCUCUGAACCGGGACACUAGUGGUCCCGAUGUCGCAGAACAACACAAUUCCGUGCAUGUAACCUCUCCCGGUCGUCCGCGUCUCCGGUCUGCAGAACAGGUUUCGUCCCGAAAUCGUCCCCCGGAUUUUUCCUCCCAUCCGUCCUUAGCUCUGACUUCGUACAACAACCCGGUGGCCGUGUCCCGAGAUGCUUAUCUUAAAGCCACAAAAGAUGGUUAUUUGAAUCGUACUGCAGAGUCAGUGGGCUCCUCGGAUCAGGUCGUGCACGAUUACGUGCCAGAGCCCAUCCGCUCCUAUUAUAAUCCCAUAUUUUAUGCCCAUUCCGGAGAAGCAAAUGAAAUGGUCAAGCCAUCCACGGCCUCACUUAAUCCGGUCGAAGUCGAAGAGUUUCUCCGACAUACUGCUCGUUUAGUUGGUACCCCAGUGAGCGAUCGACCGACCGAUGAAAAUGAUCGUCAAGAAGACUUGGAUGAGGGAGAAGAACCCGAGAAUGAAAUUAGCCUUCGAUCUCCUACAUCCUCCAUCAAAAACCGCUCUCGACCACGAGAAGUACAGGAAUUCACUGGUGCCAACGAAACGCUACGUCGUCGUGUGCAACGUUCACCUGCUAUGCGUGAAAUCAGAAGGCCCGAAUUCACGACUCAAGUACGAAAGAAUUCCGAGCCUCUUUUGAGAGCCCCGGCAGCUUGGUCCCGGUCAUCCAGUGUGUGUGAUAGCCGCCAAGAACUGCAACGCCAGCAGUGGAUUAAUGACGAUCGUUCCAAUUAUGUUGACAUCCCACAGAGUAAUAGUAGUAAUAGCGAUAAAACCAGACGCACGGCCAGUCCUUGUGGUCCAUUUGUCGCCUUGGAUUCCGCAUUCUUAUAA